AUGAGUCUGAAGAACAGAGAGGAAGCUGGUGCAGUGCUCCAGGUUAGAGAUGGCGGAGACCUGGGAGAAGGUUUUGGUGUUGAUGGAGACGGACUGAGGAAGAAGAGCUGGCAGGAGCGAGCCAAGGCUUGGAGGCAGCCCAAGGCGUUGGCGCUGCCCUCCCGGAGCGGGGCGCCCUCGCACCCCACCACGCGCCCAGCCAGCGCAGCCAAAGAGUCCUGCACUUUCCUGGCGCUCACCAGCGGCUCCCCCUUCGCCGGCGACCCGGGCCUGGCCGGGAGGGCGGCGUCGGGGGCCCUCGGCCCCCAAUUCCCCCCGCCCCCCCUGCCCCGCUGGGGCGCCGCCCGCACCUGCCUGUGGCUCCUAGCGCGGGAAGAGGUGGAGAGGGAGGCCCGCUCCUCGAGGACCUUUGGGGGUCAGGAAGAGCAGGUGGCCCUGGUAAUCGGGGGCCUCGCUGGGGGGCUGCUGCUGCUACUGCUAUUGAUCUGGGUGAGCUGCUGUCUCUGGAAGAGGCUUUGUGCCAUGUUCACCUAUGAGGAGCUGCCAGGGACCACAGCUGCGUCCAGCACACAAGGGGACAAGCUCUGCCCGCCAUAUGCCGCCAGGACCCAGACAAGCAGGCCACCAGGUGUGCCAUUCGUGGUGCCCCCUUCCUUCCAAGACCGAGACUGGGUACCCCUGAACAGUGGAGAGUGGGCUCAGGUCCCACGGGACCCCUGCCCAGCCCCGGAGCUCCUGCCCCACACCUCCAGCAGCAACCUUGGCAUGGUGGGGACCAUCAACCCAGAGCUAUACAAGUUCCUAGAGGACACGAGUGAGACGGACUUCCCUGAGGGUUGCCUGGGGCGGCUGUGGUUCUCCUUGGAAUACCAGCAGGAAGCCGAGCGGCUGUUGGUGGGCUUGAUCAAGGCGCGGAGGCUGCAAGGCCCCUCAGAGACCUGCAGCCCCUUGGUGAAGCUUCAUCUGCUGCCCGACGAGCGGCGCUUCCUCCAGUCCAAGACCAAACGCAAGACCUCCAACCCGCAGUUUGAUGAGCACUUCAUCUUCCAGGUGUCCAGCAAGAGCAUCACUCAAAGGGUACUCAGGUUCUCCGUGUACCACGUGGACAGACAGAGGAAGCACCAGCUCCUGGGCCAGGUGUUCUUCCCCCUGAAAAACGAGACCCUGGCAGGUGACUGCCGGCGCCUCAUCUGGAGAGACCUGGAGGCUGAGAGCCUGGAGCCUCCCUCUGAGUUUGGAGACCUGCAGUUCUGCCUCGGCUACAACGACUGCCUGCGCCGCCUGACCGUGGUCGUGCUUCGAGCCAAGGGCCUCCAGCUCCAGGAGGACACGAGUUUUGUCAGUGUGUGUGUCAAAGUGUCUCUGAUGAACCACAACAAGUUUGUCAAGUGCAAGAAGACUUCGGCUGUCCUGGGCUCCGCCAACCCCGUGUACAGCGAGACUUUCAGCUUCAAGGCCGACCCCGCUGAGCUGGACACUGCCAGCCUCAGCCUGACCGUGCUGCAGGGUGCCGAAGGAGAGAAGAGCCACGCGCUGGGCCGGGUGGUGGUGGGCCCCUACAUGUAUGCCCGGGGCAAGCAGCUGGAGCACUGGAACGAGAUGUUCAGCAAGCCCAAGGAGCUGGUGAAGCGCUGGCAUGCCCUCUGUCGCACCACUGAGCCCUGA